AUGUUAUCCGAAGAAGGAGUCGGUUCAAGCGUGUAUCCCCAGAAAGUCUUUAGUUCAGGGCAGAGGCCGCCAAUCGCUGUGAAGCUAAGCGCGAUCGUCGUGGUCAUGAUGUGGCACCGCCUCGCGGUGGCAGCUUUGUUCGGCGCACACGCUGUUGAUGCACUCUUGCCCACGGCAGGAGUGGGCCGAUCUCCGCGUGUUCCUGGAGCUUGGGUGUCUGCUUUUUCGAGGGGAUCCAAAGCGCAGGCGAUCACCAAGAAUCACCAGGUGGCCCACCUCUGCCAAUCAUCAUUCAAUGCUGAUGACGCUCCUGUUCUGGAUCUCAAAGACGUCAAGGCUGGUGAUGUGAUCGUGUUUCGCAAUCCCCCCCAAGGCGGCGACUUGGUGCACGAGCUUAUCUGCAAACUCACCAGCUCACCCUUCCCCCACGCGGCUCUAGCGUCCGAACCCCUGCGUCCGGGAAAGUUUUCUGUCGAAACCAUCGAGAGCACGGGGAAUGUGGCCCACCUACUACGUGGACCACGCGGAGUUAACUUUGGUACGUUGACGUCCGAGCAAUAUGCAGUGGUGAUGAGGCGCGGAGAUCGUGACAUGCAGCCAGUGGUGGACGCCGCGAAGUUGCGGAUUGGAUCACCCUAUGGCUUCGCGUCCGUCACAUGCCUAGGACUACUCCUACUGUCCAGGAACAGGUUAAUCUACAGGGGGCAGAAACUCAAUCCAAAUGCUCUGGUCGUCCUGCGUCUCAUUGUGCAGUGGCUGCUGAACGCGCUGCAGAGCGUCCCGCCUGAGAGAACCCCCCUUUGCUGCAGCCAGUUGGUGUCUGAGAGCUUUUCUGACGCCGGCAACGACUUCAAGCUCAGCUUUUCUCGCCUAGUGGCGGACACGCCGGGCUGGAGGUUUGUCCGCAACGACCUUAGAAAGAUUAUUGCGAAUGCCCCCGGUGAACGCUUUCUGACGACGGUGGGAUCGAUGGACAUCGCAAGCAAGGGGUCCGCGGCAACAGAAUUUGACUCCACGCCCAACGAACUACAGGACGCCCUGAAAAAGCUGAAUGAAGAGGUCGAACAAUUCUCCAAGCUCAUGCCUGACUCUACUGAGCAGCCCUACGGACGCGUACCCAUGGACGCGGAGGGCUUCCUGCCUGCCGAAGGCAUCACUAGCCUGGCGUGGAAGCUCGUGUCAGCAGUGUAUCAUCUCAGUACGGGGAAGGAAGGAACAAAGAAGGAAGUCCUUGAUUUCAUCGAUGGCGGCAACCUAGAAUCCUAUCUCAUCAGCCCUGUUGACCUUUGCGAGAACUGUCCCAGCCUCAACAAAGUUGGAGUCAUUCAACCCGAAGAAUAGUCUUCACGAAGGCUACGUCGUGUAGAGGUUCCGACGAUUGAUGGGUAGAGAGCAACAACUUUUAGCGUUGGGUGGCGUUGCGUACGGCCGUCACGUUGAGUUACACGCGCAGAUGACUCCAUCCACGUUUGUGGUAAACGGCACUGGGACCACAGCUAGGAGGGUGCCGGAUGGGAGCUCUUUGCACCUGUAGGCAAGGAACAUGUCGGGAUUGGGUCUCGUAUAAUUGGUGAGGGAAGGGUUCAUGCAGGACUAGAGGGUAGGCGAGGAUGUUUCUUUCUGUGAUAUGUACCGUCCUCAGCCUUUGGUCGCGUUCGCGUACGGCCAUGUUUAGCGUUGUUCUUAAGAUGUUGCAGGAGGGAAAUGUUGCGUCAAAUCCUGUUGGCCCGUAGCGAAAAUGUCUCCGGUAUGCCGUCAGAUGUCAGAUUGAUUCACCGCUGGUAGGUGACAAUGGAGCGGGGCCGAGUGGUCUUAACUCGCGCGACGGAGAAAAGAGGCGGCCGUGCUUGACACGUUCGUCAGAGUGGUGCGAAGAAUGGACGAGAGAUUCAACCGGAUAGAGAACAUGCUGGUUGGGGUGUGCGAUAGGCUGGAGGUGCUCUCGGCUCUGUGGACGCAGGCACCUGGGUAGUAGUCGCCUUUGGAUAUCUGUGUGUCUAAUAUGUUGUACAGCAUAGGUUUUCUACAUGCCUGGUUGGAAUGUUAAUGUUGGCAGGAGGGCAGGGGGUGAUCGAGGGAGAGAGAGAGAGAAAAAAACAGGGAGACUCGCGUGACAGAUCACAUUCUGUUUUCCAUCACCAAGGAAGUGAAUCGCCCAGCCCCCCGAGGGACGCAGGGACGGUCCUAGGCCCUGGCUGAUUCCUGGUGUGUCUACAGUUAGCUAUCGAUAUCUCAGGUUGACCGACCGGGUCUAAAACGUUUUCUCUCUACGCGUUGUAUGGGAGGUUGAACAGCGCUAACAAACAAAUUGAAGUGACUGUACGGUGGGCUAUCGCCGUGUGUGGGGAUCUGAAACACCGCCAUCGAAUUUCUUGAGUACCCAGAUGCCAGUAGUACUUAUUGGGGGCGGUAAGGACGCAGCGCAUCUGGGUAUCGUACUAGCUCAUGGCGGGGAAGUCGCCUUUGAAUAUCUUCCUUCCAAGGUAUGAUAACUUAGGGUCGUCUAUAUCUGCCUGGUGGGUACGGGAAUAGGGGAUGAUCGAGAGACAGAUGG